AUGAUACCGCCGCUCGAGACGACCAUGGGCUGCAUGAACGAUGAUGGCACAAACAGCUGGAACAGCCAGCAUGACCUCACAUAUAAUACAGAGAGUGACGAAAGGAUGCAAGAGGACCUGGCUUCCAACCCGCUCCUUUUCCAGGGCGAAGGCAAAGAGACCCUGGCAGAGCAGCUGAUGAAAAUUACCAACCGGGCCAUGGGAGCGACACGAGAACUUGAAUGCGCAGUAAACACCACAUCCUUAACAGUAAACUCCCCUCCAGUGAAUGAAAUGUUCGAGGCCGCGAAUGCGUUGGUCCAAAUUAUCAACAGUUUAACUCUGGCCGACAGCACAGAUAGUUCUUUGCGAUCUUCCUCCCGUGAUGGAAGCGAUGGGAACGAUCGACAGCUGCCUACCGAAUACUACCCAAUCUUUCUAGCUCUUGAUUCCUACCAGCGCGUCCUAUCCCUGUUCCACGCAGUUUGCGACUUUAUUAAGAGGUCCUUGGGCUCUAUAACUCGGGGGACAGAGCUGCAACAGCAAACAUUGCACGGAGCUGGAUCGUCCUCUGCGCAGUUCAUCAUGGUUCUACAGCUCAUGAUACACCUCCUCAACCGCAUAGGUCGUAGCCUACGAAUGGGGAACCGAGAAAAUAUUGAUCAUCAUGAAUUGAUUUUUGCACCGGACGGUGGUGGAGAAAGAGGUUGCUCAGAUAGUAUUGUGGACUGCGCGCAGGGCAUGCUCAAGAUGCUACCUGAUGAGCACGUUAAAUUGCUAAAGGCCAUCCGAGAACUUCAAGCUUGUAUAGAGGAGAGUGUUCUUAUUUAG